AAAUGCGACAUCUAGAUGACUGAGAAACCCAAAGCGAAAAAAUUGAAAUCAGAACGAAAAACUGCCCGUUCCAUUAACGAGAAUGGGCACGAAAUCCCCGCUACGCAAUAUAUAAACUGGACUCUCGUAAAAACGCUCAUUAUUCAGACGACUGUCAUUCAAAGGAACAUUUGGAGUUGGAGAAAUCACUCACAAAAAGAGAUUAGAAAAUCUCGCCGAAUUUGUAAGAAUUUCUUGAGCGUCGAUUUGAAAACGUAUUUAUUUGAGAUGAAUUAUUUGUAUGUGAUAAUAUUUCUCACGUGUUUUGCGAUAUUUGGAAAUGCAGCGCUGUCAAAAUCUCGGACUUCAGAUACGGAGCUUGAAACAGAGUUAGGUGCGGAGGAUAUUGUUUCCAUUGCCAAAUUCUUCGAAGAAUACAAUCAACUUCCUAACAUGGAAUACAACGCCGUCAAACUAGGUCAUUCCUCGGAUUCUGGUUCUGUCACGAACGCGAAACCGAUUUAUAAUGAACCUGCGUUUAUAGAAAGUGUGAUCGAACUACAGACCGCUAGCGGACUAAAACCCACUGGUAUAUUAUCAAAAGGAGUUUUAGAAGAGACAAAACUUCCACGAUGUGGUAUAAGCGAACCACCACUUGAUAGUGACGAAGUCGGUGCCUACACAGUAAAGGCAACUUGGGAAUCAAAAUAUCUUCCACAAUCUGAAAUUUAUCCACUCACAUUUUCAAUAAUAGGAAAGCAGAAAAUCCCAGACUCUAUAACACUAAAGGAAGUUGAGGAAGGCAUAUUGUCAGCGAUGUGCUUGUGGGAGAUGAAUUCAAACAUUCGAUUUAAGAAUCUUGGGAUUGGAAACAUGCUCGCAGAUAUAACAGUCAGUUUUGAGCAAGGUGACCACGGUGAUUGGUAUUCAUUUGAUGGAAAAGGCGGAACAUUGGCACAUGCUUUUUAUCCAGAAAAUGGUAGAUUGCAUCUCGAUAAAACCGAGAAUUGGUAUCUAGCAAGAAAGGGAUCCGUUGACCAUUAUAAAAAAGACCUGUUUACCGUUGCGGCACAUGAACUGGGACACAAUAUUGGUUUGAUGCAUUCUAGGACGAGAGGAGCUUUGAUGGCACCAGUUUACAAGUAUGCUGGGACGGUCGAAGAAUAUAAACUGCCCCAAGACGACAUAAAUGGCAUCGAAAGCAUGUAUGGAGAACGCAUUGAAUCCAAUCCCGCUGAAGAGAGUAAUACAGCUUGCAAUGACUUGAGAACCAAUUACGGAAUAGCGGCAGAUAAAUUACGUUCAGAUGAUACGAACAAAGUUGAAAAGAAACCAAAUCGAAAACCUUGUAAAGAUGAUGAUAGAUACACCAAGUACUGUCCAAUAUGGAGGGAUGCAGAAUAUUGCGAAAAUUCAGAACAUUCAAGAACUCUUCGAAGAAAAUGCAAGAAAACAUGCGGAUUUUGCCCCGCUUCACCGAUAAAGAGCAAACCCGAAAAUGGGGACAAACCCGGAUUGCUGUCCUCUUCUAUAUGUGGAAUCGAUACAUUUGAUUCAGUCACUGUUCUACUUGAUGCAAGAAAUCAUUUGACCAUGAUGUACUUCAAAGAUGACUACUAUUUCGAAAGUACACUACAAAUUGAAACGGAAACGAAUAGUACCGAUAGUCUACUAAACAGCAGCAAAACUUUAGAAGACAAGUUGUACUGGAAAACCGAUCCAAAAACUAUUAAAGUUGGAAGCUUCAAAAUUCAGGAUCCCACUAUGUUUUCUAAGUCAGAGAAAAUCAGUGGCGUAAUGCUGGCUAGGACUUGGUAUCUUGUGUUUCAGAAAGACAAUGGAAUGGUCCAGCAAUACAGUCGUGGUACACCAACUAUUGCCCAUUUGGGUAAUUUCACAAUCCAGUCAAUGUUCCAUGGAUAUCCGCAUAGCAGAAUUGACGCAGGAUAUGUAGAAUUCAAUGUAACAUCAAACGAAAACUCUAUCUAUUCGUUGUUUUAUGAAGACAAAAUAUGGCAAUAUAAGAAAAAGAAGGAAGUCAGACAAUCUGAAAGACUCGACAAAGAGAAACUUGUGUUUGAGCCAAUUGAUUCGAUGCAAGGAGUUCCCAUAGAACAAUGGCAUGGUAUUCCCGCCUGUGACAUAGAUUCUGUGUUUGAUUACAAAGGUGUGCCUUACUUCGUCAAAGACAAUACGUUCUGGCCAGCAGUUGACACAGAACCUAUGAUUCCAAGGGAUAUCACCUACAACUUUCUUCGUUGUUGGCAAGAAAAACCAUCUGUCGAUCUCCUACCUCCAUCGUGUGACGCAUCGUUCGGUUCACAAACCGGUGGCGAAAAUGGAUCAGCGCAAAUUCAAAUUUCACUGUUUGCAUUGUUGCUGUGCCUGAUGACAACACUAUGGUGAUAAAAUGUGAUGCAAUGCUUAAGAAAGUUAAACGUUGUGUAGGAAUUUUUACGUACUAUAUGAUGUCAUUUUUGAGAAACUACCAAGUUUUAUACAUACAGUGAUGAAUCAAACCUAUAAUACCUGUAUAUUCUAUUAACUGUGCGUAUUAAUCCUGAAAUUUAACAGAACCUCGCAUCUUCAAACAUUUUCUUCAAAUUAAUUUUGAGAAAUAAUUUUUAAUUUAUUUCAUCCAUAGGUUAUAUCCACCAUCCAUAUCCACCCAGGUUUAUUGAACAUUUUAUAGGUACUUAUGAUUGCAUUAAAUGUUGUAUCAUGAAUUUUUCAUAUGUUUUUUUGUGUCAUCGAAAUUAUAUGGUUGAAGAGUAUUCUGUUACUAAAACCAUUUUUUUGUAAAUGCAUUUACUGUUUUUAACUUACACAUCGUAUUCUGUUCGUGGUUUUCUGUAUAGCCUUGAAAUAUAUAACUUUCUCUACA